AUGAGGAGUGUGAGGUGUGUGAGUAUGAGGCGUGAGGUGUGUGAGGCGUGUGUGGUGUGUGAGUAUGAGGCGUGCGAGUAUGAGGCGUGCGAGUAUGAGGCAUGCGAGUAUGAGGCGUGCGAGUAUGAGGCGUGCGAGUAUGAGGCGUGUGAGGCGUGUGCGUAUGAGGCGUGUGAGUAUGAGGCAUGUGAGGCGUGCGAGGCGUGUGAGAAUGAGGCGUGUGAGGUGUGCGAGUAUGAGGCGUGCGAGUAUGAGGCGUGCGAGUAUGAGGCGUGCGAGUAUGAGGCGUGCGAGUAUAAGGCGUGUGAGUAUGAGGUGUGUGUGGCGUGUGAGUAUGAGGCGUGUGAGUAUGAGGCGUGUGAGUAUGAGGCGUGUGAGUAUGAGGCGUGUGAGUAUGAGGCGUGUGAGUAUGAGGCAUGUGAGGCGUGUGAGUAUGAGGCGUGUGAGUAUGAGGCGUGUGAGUAUGAGGCAUGUGAGGCGUGUGAGUAUGAGGCGUGUGAGUAUAAGGCGUGUGUGGCGUGCGUGUGUGGCGUGGAGUAUGAGGCGUGUGAGUAUGAGGCGUGUGUGGCGUGUGAGUAUGAGGCGUGUGAGGCGUGUGAGUAUGAGGCGUGUGAGUAUGAGGCGUGCGAGCAUGAGGCGUGCGAGUAUGAGGCGUGCGAGUAUGAGGCGUGUGAGGCGUGCGAGUAUGAGGCGUGCGAGUAUGAGGCGUGCGAGUAUGAGGCGUGCGAGUAUGAGGCGUGA